AUGGCUGCCCCCGCAGAAAUCACCCUUCAGAACCUGAAUGGCGAGUUUGUCAUGCAAAGCGUCAGCUGGAUGACCCGCACCGCACUCGGCUACGCCACCGUCACGCUCGCCAUCACUGAAUACAUCGAGCCCAACGCCGACGACGACGCACACGCGCCCAUCACCAAAGUCGACAUUGCGCAGACCGCCACCGGCGGAAUCCAGUCUUCCGAAAAACGGAUAACAGAUUGGCGCACGCGCGGUCAUGAGGAUCGUAUUUUUGGUGCGUUGAGUGGGCAGAGUCGGCUUGUGCGGGGUACUUCGUCUGGACCAACGCUGGAGGUGCAGACACAGUCGAAAGAUGCAGAGAAAGUGACGAGGUUUUUAAAGGGGGAGAUACUGGCUGAUGGAUCCGCGGUUGACGGGUUUGUGGUCGAUACGGUGCAGGACAAGGAAGGCUUGUCGUAUGGGGAGGGCGAGGGCUUGUGGUUGCAGAGCUGGGUGCGUAAUGAGAAGUAUGGCUGGUCUGCUGAGCAGAUCUGGGGAUUCGAGAUCAUCGACGGCCAGCGCUAUCACACUCGCCGUGUCGCUGCGUCCAAGGGCGACAAAUAUGUGCUUGCGCGACUGGUCUACGACUACCAGGGCCCGGUUGCUUAG